CGUCAUUCAACGCGACGCCAACUUCGGGAAGUCAGGCCGUCGUCCGUUUUGAAAGAUAGCUUUUCAUGAUGCUGAAUGACAGUGAAUUCGCAACGCUGAGAAACAGAUUCCAAAAAAAUGCUGAGUUACUCAUGCAGGCGAAAGCUUCGUUACCCGACGAAGACAAGGAGUGUCCAGGAGAAAAAGAUGUCAGACCUCUCCCUCCAAUCAACAAGCACUCCGUUUUCUGGGUUGUGGCAGCUAUAAGUGUCACUUACUAUGUGGAUUUCUUUCAAAACAUCAUUGUGAAUGAUAACAUUAAGAGUUGGUGGUUUAAUGUGAGCCUGCUGCUCCUUGGAAUUUGCCUGUGUCUGGCCACGUUUUGUAUCGUGUACCUGGAGUGGUUUCGAGGAAUCGUGCACUAUGACCAAGAGUACCCUGCAAUCCCUCCCAUCACCACCGCUGCGUUUAUUGCGGCAUCGUGCAGUUUGAACAUUGCUCUAUGGCCGGUUUGGUCCUUCGUCACUCCGCUCAUCCUCUUCACGCAGUUCAUGGGUGUGGUCAUGCUGAUUUCUAUGCUUGGAUGAGUGUGACAGUAAAUUUAUCUAAACACCCGACAGCUGUUUCUUCGGUGAAGAAAGGAUGAAGGACUACUGGAACAUUCAGCCAAAGCAGCUUGAUGGAAUCCAGUCAUUGUUCAUUUCCAUUCCACAUGACCACAAUGAUUUGAAGACUACUUUUUUUUUAUUAAUGUAGAAUAUACGUAUUGAACAGACGAGCACCAAAAUGUUUGAAGAUAUGACUGAGCAGCAGCACAAUGAUUUAAAGGCACGCAGUUUGUGUGUUUAACAAUGUUCAUGCUUCACUAAGUGUAUAUUUGUUCCUUUAAUAAACGUGUACUACUUUUAA